UCUCAUAGCUUCUUUGUUCUUUCUUCUCUUAGCUUUUUUGUUGUAUCUUUGAUCUUAUCUUGAUUCAGAAUGACCUCGAAGAGGACAUCAAGAGGGAAACAAAAGCUAGAUAUGAAGAAGCACGUCGCGGAAGCAAAACAUGAAAAUUUGAAGACAUUGGCAAGUUUUGGCUAUUGGUCGAUCAAAGAAGAUGCUGAAAGCUACCAAUAUGACCAAGUAGAAAAGGUGGACACAGCUUUAGUGAAUCUCACUAAUAAGAUUAUUAGUCAUAUCCUCGUCAACGGAGGAGAGAUUAAUCAUCAAGCAAUUUCUUCCAUAGAUGAGCUUAAUGGAGUCAAAACAAAUCCUCCUUGUGUCUUUGGUGCAAUCUUUCCUCCCACUGAAGCCCUUGGAUCGAUCCAGUAUGAUCCAAAAGGUAAAGGCAAGGUUGUUACUGCUUCUCCUGGACUAGCAGCAAAUCAAACACAAGGACUCCUCAACCUUGCUGGUGCAAGUGAAAGUGGAAGUUCAGAAUUUUAAGUUCAAUGUGGCCAUGGAUCCAACUAUUUUCUCAUUUGGAUGUGUUCUUGAAUUUUACUUACUUGUAUUGUGUCUCCUAUGUGUUCUUUGGUUUUUCUUUAUUUAAUUGCAUUGUGGUCUUAUUUUUAGUGUGGUUGUAUUGUGUCUUCUUUUAAACUUUGGAUAUUGGAUGUAUUGCGUUUAAGUACAAUCGUACUAUUUUUAAUAUAAAUUUUAUGAUGAUGAUGAUGCAUA